AUGUCCUCCCAAUCCUUUCUUCCACUGUCCUCACCUCUCGAGUCGCCGCGGUUAAUGCCCCGGCGACCCAGUCUGGAUCGCGAGCGUGAGAUCCUGUCUACUCGCGGCCAGCGCAUUCUGUCUUUGUUGCCCAGUCGACUCUCCAGCUCGGCCUUGCAAGACCUUGAGCAGAAUACAGCCGAGCCACCAACCUUUCUUCGGCGCGGAUCGCAGUUAAUCGGGCAUAGUAAUGCCCGAUAUGAAUGGCAGCGUUACUAUCGACCUCCGGAUUCUCUCAAGGGCCUGCGCAAGCCAAUUCGAAAGUAUUAUGAACGGAACAACCAGUUAAUUUCACAAUAUCUCUACAUCGAUCGCCUCCUAGACUCGUCUCUUCCGCAUAAUCUGAUCGAAGACUAUUCGGACUGCCACCACCACUUGGAGGCACAUACAAGCAAUGGCCAUCCUUCAUCCACCGGUGCGGAUGACAUGGCCAAUAUAACAGCCCAGGCAAAUUCCAAAGCUGCCAGAAUUAAACGCACGCCACAUAAUCUCUAUCGUAUCCCCGACGAGACGGCCCCGUUGCUCCCACCCACACAGGAGCCGGAAGAGGAGCAUUGUCCCCACCAUACCAUGCCCGAUCUAGAUACCAAUCAAGGCUUGUCUCCGGAAGCGGAAGAGCGCUUGGUGAACAUUGCUAUCCGUAUCAACUUUGUUGCAAACGUGAUCCUGCUAGUCUCCAAGGUGGCCAUCAUGGUCCUGACCAGUUCCAUGUCCGUGUUAGCAGGUCUCGUCGAUGGCGUUCUUGAUUUCCUCAGCACGGUGAUCAUCUGGGUGACCACUAGUUUGAUCCGCCGUCAAGAUCGUCGACGAUAUCCAAUCAGUCGCCGCCGCCUCGAGCCUCUGAGUGUGCUAGUCUUCUCCGUGAUUAUGGUUACAGCGUUUUUCCAAGUCGGACUGUCGUCCAUCAACAGACUGACCGGAGAUGACCAAACUCUCGUUGAAUUAUCGGUUCCUUCUAUUGCCUUGAUGGCAGGAACAGUGGUGAUCAAAUUGCUGUGCUGGAUCUGGUGUCGUCUCAUCCCGAGCCCCAGUGUCCAGGUCCUCGCUCAAGAUGCCAUGACUGAUGUUGUUUUCAACACCUUCAGCAUCAUUUUCCCGCUAAUCGGUUCUUUCGCUCGUCUCUGGUUCCUCGAUCCUCUUGGUGGUCUCCUCCUCUCUAUCUACAUCAUGUGGAACUGGGGUCGGACGGCAGGUGAGUACAUUCGGCGACUCACAGGUGCGGCGGCCUCCGCUACCGACCACAGUAUUCUACUGUAUAUGACGAUGCGCUUCUCCCGAGUGAUCCAGAAAAUUCAAGAUCUCAAGGCCUACUACGCGGGUGAUAAGCUGAAUGUCGAGGUUGAUCUGGUCGUGGACGAGCGAACCAGUUUACGCGACAGUCACGAUGUUGGUGAGAGUCUGCAGUACAUUCUGGAGAGCGUGCCGACCGUCGAUCGGGCUUUUGUACACUUGGACUACGAUCCAUGGAAUCUCCCCAGCCAUAUGAAUCAAUUAGAUCGAUAG